AUGUCUACUGAUCCUGUAUAUUUCCUACAAAAAUCCAAAAUGUGGAGGCUACCAAAAUAUGUAGGGAAAUAACUUUUCAGUGUUGGAAUAGCACCAGAAAACAGAUGGAAUUUACUGGAUAUCAAAUAUUUUAAUGAUUUUUUUUAAAUGGGUGCUAAAUACUUGAGUUAACUGGGGUCAGUGCAAUUGCCUUUUUUUAAUAUUUUUUGGUGGGGAGGGAAAGUUCACAGGUCCUUUCUGUUACCUGAUCAGGGAAGAAUUAUCAAAAAUCCUGAAUGUGGAAGAACACAGAUGCUGAAGAUACCUGGAAAUAAACUGGAAACAACCAAUACCACAAGAGCAAAGCAGCAGUGAACAAGAAGACGCUGUGGAAAAGAAAUCACAAGACGAGAGUGCACAAUGCAUUUCAAAUAGAAAAAAGCUUCCUAUCUGCUGAGUGAGUCUCAGUAUAUUCUGACAGAGCACAGACAAAGCUUCAAUCAAGUAUCUCCUAGCUAUCUCCAAAAGGAUGCUUCUGAGUACAGAAAGCAGUGUGCAACUGUGCUAAAGUCCUGAUGACAGUACGCCAAGGACAAGAAUGGAAGUCAAUUUAUUCAGCAAUUCUACGGUUGCAAACAGUUCAUCCAUCAACCACAAGCAGUUAGAAGGGCAUAGCCUCUGGGAAGUCAUUACUAUUGCCACUGUAACUGCAAUUGUAAGCUUAAUAACCAUAGUGGGAAAUAUUCUUGUAAUGAUAUCCUUUAAGGUUAACAGUCAGCUCAAAACUGUCAACAAUUAUUACUUGCUCAGCCUUGCCUGUGCAGAUCUCAUCAUUGGGAUAUUUUCUAUGAACCUCUAUACAUCCUACAUACUCAUAGGCCAUUGGACUCUUGGAAGCCUUGCCUGUGACCUGUGGCUAGCACUGGACUAUGUAGCUAGCAAUGCCUCAGUAAUGAACCUCCUAGUCAUCAGUUUUGACAGAUAUUUUUCCAUCACGAGGCCUUUAACUUACAGGGCCAAACGCACACCCAAAAGAGCUGGCAUCAUGAUUGGUAUGGCUUGGCUAAUUUCCUUCAUGUUGUGGGCACCUGUUAUCUUAUGCUGGCAGUAUUUUGUAGGUGAAAGAACAGUACCGCCUGACGAGUGCCAGAUACAGUUUCUCUAUGAACCCAUUAUUACCUUUGGCACUGCAAUUGCUGCUUUUUACAUUCCAGUGUCUGUGAUGACCAUUCUGUACUGCCGCAUCUAUAAAGAGACAGAGAAACGCACCAAGGACCUUGCUGAACUGCAGGGCUCAGAGUCUGUGGCAGAGUUUGAGGCAGUAAAGCCUCAGAAAACUCUCCUGAAGUCUUGCUUCAGUUGCAAACAACAAAACUUAGUCAAAAGAGAGAGGUGUCAGGCUUCUUGGUCUUCAUCUAGUCGAAGUACGUCAGCUACAGCGAAGGCCUCCCAGGCAGCAAGUACUUGUAUGGACUGGGCUAAGGCUGACCAGUUAACCACCUGCAGCAGCUACGCAUCAUCAGAAGAUGAGGAUAAACUUGCCACUGACUCAGUUUUCCAGGUAACUUACAAAAGUCCAUCUAAAAUUCAAACAGAAGAGUAUAAUGAGACUACAGAUGUUGUCAAAGACCAACCUGAAGAAAGUGAUUUUGAGAACCAGAAAUACUUCUUGUCCCCUACCAAAGAACACGUACAAAAAAGUAAAAAAUGUGUGGCCUAUAAAUUCCGUUUGGUGGUUAAGGCUGAUGGCACCCAGGAAGCUAAUAAUGGUUGCCGAAAAGUAAAAAUAACUCCUUGUUCUGCUGCUCUGUCAAAGGAACCUUCCAUCAAAAGCAUGGAUCCAAAUAUAAAUAACCAAAUCACCAAAAGGAAACGGAUGGUUCUUAUAAAGGAACGCAAAGCAGCACAGACUUUAAGCGCCAUUCUUUUGGCUUUUAUCCUCACAUGGACUCCCUAUAAUAUCAUGGUUUUGAUCUCGACAUUUUGCUCUGACUGCAUUCCCCUGACACUGUGGCACCUUGGAUAUUGGUUAUGCUAUGUGAACAGCACUGUUAACCCCAUUUGUUAUGCUCUCUGUAAUAAAACUUUCAGGAAGACUUUUAAGAUGCUGCUUUUCUGCCAGUGGAAAAAGAAAAAAGUGGAAGAGAAACUAUACUGGCAGGGCAAUACCAGACUGCCAUAAUUGUUCUUUUAUAAGAAAUAAGGGGAAAUACAGAUAUUGAUGUAACCUAGAAAAUUCUCUCUUUUCAGAGCCAGUGCUGUUGUGUCUAGUGGUUAAAAAAAAAUCUGCUGAAAAGUUAAAUUUUGCAUGAAAGUAGUGUGCUUGGGAUAAAAAGUCAGUGGCUGCUAUAAGCAACCCAGGUUGUUAUUGACUGUGUAGUGAACUGCAUUACAAUUAUUGUGUUUGGUGUCAUGUCCUUUCUUUCAGCCUAAGAAUAGAUGGAGUAAACGAUAAACUACUAGAAAUUAGACAGGGGUGAUCAUCCAGUCAUCACAUUAGGUCAUUCAGUCUGUCUCUCUGUACAGCAGAACUGUUUCUUCCUAUAGUUCUUUCCUAGUGUAUUGUUUAUUUAGUUUUCAAUGUACCAAGCAAUGCAGCCAAUGCUACUUCUGUUUUGAGGCUUUACCAUCAGCUGUUGAGAUGAAACAAGGACUAUCUAAAGGGUAAAUGCUGUCAACCCCAAUACUAAAUGGUUAGGGAGAUUUAUAAUACUCAAAAUGAACACACACAUUAUAGGAGAAUAUAAUACUGAGAAAAUUUCCACUUUAAGGAUGACCCUUGUGGAGACUUAGGA